UCAAAAGUCAGUUAAAAGAUGGCCGUGAAAUUUUCUAAUAGAUAGAUGUGCAGUACAAUCAAAGUUUAUAUUACGUUAAAGAUUUACUUUUUGUGUUAGUUAAAUAGUUGUGAUUAGGAUACAAUAAUGCCUAGAAAGAUAUAUGAGGAAGAUUUAUCCUAUUCUUCAUCUACUAAAGAUGAACCACCCAAAAAGAAAAGUUCUAGUGGAGUAUCCAAUUCAGCUGAUUUUAAACAAGGAGAAGUAGUAACCGAUAUUAGUGGAAAAAAAUGGAAGUUAGGUAAAACUAUCGGAAUUGGAGGGUUUGGUGAAAUUUAUGAAGCAUCAGAAAGUUUAGCCAGAGGAUUUAAGACUGACUAUUCCUAUGUGGCUAAGGUUGAAAAGCACACAAGUGGUCCUUUAUUUGUAGAAAUAAAUUGUUAUCUUAGGAUUGGAAAGCCUCACAUAAUUGAUGACUGGAAGAAAGAACACGAUUUACAAUUCAUAGGAAUGCCACAUUAUAUAGCAUCUGGCUCGUGUUUUCAUAAUAAUGAAAAAUAUCGCUUCCUUUUAUUGCCAAAAUAUGAAAGAGAUCUUGGCCGAAUUCUUAAAGAAAAGAAAGUGUUUAAUAUAAAAACUGUAUCAAACAUAUGCAUACAUAUUAUAGAUGUUUUAGAAUAUAUUCACAGUAAAGGUUAUGUUCAUUCAGAUAUAAAGGCAUCUAAUAUAAUGUUGGGUAACCAAACUAAAUCAAAAGUAUCAAAUCAAAUAAUACGUUUCGCCAGACCAUGUAGAUCAAGGCAAAAAAAUGUAAUUCAAUAUACUGCUACUAGAACUAGUUCUAGAACACUUAUGAGAAGUACAAGAAAUCUUAGGCCUUUAAGUGCUGUGAGUUAUAUAGAUGAUAUACCAUAUUUAGAGGAAGUAUUAGAUAUACAUGAAAGAAAAAAAUCACCUGCCGAUUUCCUAUCAGAUGACUCAGCUUAUUCUUCAGACGAAAUGCCAGAAACUGAAAAUAAUGAUCUAAACCAAGUUUACUUAGUAGAUUUUGGACUUGCCUCCAAAUUUUUACAGUCCAAUGGAGAGCACAAGGAAUUUUCUCCAGAUGAAAGAAAAGCACAUGCCGGUACAGUUUUAUUCUGUUCUAGAGAUGCCCAUAAAGGUAUUCCCUCCCGUAGGUCCGAUUUGGAAAGUUUAGCUUACAACAUGGUUUAUUGGUUGACUGGUACUUUGCCAUGGAUAGAAGACUUGGAACAACCAGGUGAAGUAGAAAAGAAGAAAAUUCGCUGUUUUAGGAACAUUAAAUGUUUUUUGGAUUUGUGUUUUAAUAACAAUUUUCCCCGUUUUGUCUUGGAAUAUUUUGAAUAUUUAGAUAAACUACAGUUCACGGGCUCUCCUGAUUAUGACCACUGCCGUAAUAUUUUAAGAAAAGCAAUAAAGCUGUAUGGCUACAAACAAGAUUCGGUUCUGGACUUUGAUAAUUUAGAAGGUUGGGGAACCAAGAAAAUUACUGCAUCAAAUAAAAAAAUAGUGACCCACUUCAGUUUCUUAAAAACGAGUCCCCUCCAGCCUCUCAAUUCCAAUAUUGUUUUUAAAAGGCCGAAACUGCGUAAACAGGUCAAGAAUAUAAAAAUACAAGACAGUAUGAUGAAUUGGUCUAAGAUUUUGAUAGGAGAUCCGGAAACUAUAAUUAGGCAGGCUAGGGAUAGGACAACGACAGAAGGCAGUGACCCAGGAGUUGGUUUAACUUCCUUAGAUAUAUACAGCAUGAACCCCACACAAGAAAUGCUUAAUAUAUUUAAUAAAUGCAUGGAAAGGGAAACAUCUCCAAGGUAUAAAACUGAAAGUGUCGUUCCUGAUAAUAUAGAGGGAUAUACACCAGCAAUGAUGGGCGUAUAUGCUAAAAUACUAGAGAGAAAAGAACUCGAAGCUGUGAUGGUUAAUAACAACAAUGAUCGACAAGUUUCUAACAAAAGAGUAUGUAGAAAAGGUGUCAAAAGAUCUGAAAAACCCCUAGAAAAAGAUGUUGAAUCUAAAUCUAAACCGAAAGCUCGCAAAAAAGACAGUUCCUCGCAAAAGACAAAAAAAGGAAGAAGUGUACCAACUCGUAGAUAUUACAGGUUAAGGGGAUAAAAUACUGCUGGCUUGAGUAAACGAAAAUAUCUACAUUCUUCAGAAGAGUAUUACGGUAUAUUUGAGACUGGAUUGACUACAUUCAUUUUAAUGUCUUAUAUUGUUUGUUAUAUUGUUUAUAAAAAAAUAAUUUGUUUUGUA